UAGCUCAUCUUCAGCAUGAUAAAGUUCGUUUAUCGAAAUAACAGUAUCGUUUGUUGUAGUAGAUCUAUUGAACGCAUACAACUUACUCGUGACUUUGUCGUGUGAUCGUGUAUUUAAUUUAGUAGUUGAACGUGUGUCGCGCCCGACUCGUUAUUAUCAAAAGUUCCUAAUUUAAACAAAACAAAAAUUAUUCAACGAGAAAAGGUGAAAUUGUGACGAAUUGACAGACUGGUUAGGACUUUUUUAAAUGCUGUAAUUAUGUCACAUCCACAACCAACAUCGCCGAGACUUAUAUUGGAUAUCAGUAACAAUCAAGUGGAUCAGAAUAAUAUUGAAAGUCGUGUCAAAAUGAUCAAAAUCGAAAGUGAAUACGAAAAUAUCUGUUCGGAAGAUUUGUGUCCCGAUGCGCUUUGUGCGGACAAUGUGCGUCCGGAAUUGAAUGACUACUCGUCGAUGACAAUGAACGAAGAUGAAUUGAAUGUACCGCGUUUAGAUAUGCUAACGCCAAUACGGUCAGUACGACCGGAACGAAAACGUAAAUUCAGUAAUAAUUUCGAGUACAACAGUGAAACGAUCAGUGAAACAAUGUAUCCCAAAAAGAAUCGCUACGGUGGUGACGAAUAUUUAAAAUUUGACUCGAGUUCACCGAAUAGCGACGGUAAUUUUUUUGUGGAAAAUUUUUCAGAAAGUAGUGAAGAACUAAAGUUUAGACACAACGAAUUAAUUUGUAGUGAUCAGUAUUACAAUAUGCCGGAUCAGUAUCCGAAUCAGUACUAUCAAAUGAAUUACUCCGGCUCGGAGAGGGAUGACUCUAAUGUGAAAGAUGGUACCAAAAUCGGUAGCAAAAAUGGCAGUAAAAAAUCAAAAAAUCGAAUACGAAAGAAGGUGUUCAAGGAGGCAAACACAGAGGAUAUGCAUACCCAGAGAGUUAUGGCCAAUGUGCGUGAGAGGCAGAGAACACAAAGCUUAAACGAAGCUUUUCAAUCGUUACGAAAAAUCAUUCCAACAUUACCUAGUGAUAAGCUGAGCAAAAUACAAACUCUAAAAUUAGCAUCAAGCUACAUCGACUUCCUCUGCAACAUUCUAACCGCCAAUGAUGUGUCGUUGUUGGCAACCGUAAACGAGAGAUCACCUCCAGCACAGCGAAAUGUGUCUUUCUUCGGUAACAACACAAACACAGAAACACUGGGCUUGCAUUUUAAUGUCUGGCGUAUGAAAGGGCAAUACAGUACGGGAACAGAGUGAAACAAAAAAAAUGGAAAAAUUUCUUUGUGAAUUUAUCAUAUUUUUAUUGUCAUUGCCGAGCCGCACCAUAUGGUAUGGUACAUUAUUGCACUGAAGUAUUAUUAUGUGAAUUUUCACACAAAA